AAUGUGAGAGGGGGAAAGGAAAGCAGCACACACUGAUACAAAAGCUCCAACCUGACUCGGUGAAGUUAGAGAUAACCAUCAAAAGAGAACUGCAUAAGCCUUGCAAUUGAACAUCCAGAAAGGCACAAGAUGGACAAGAAGGACGAACCCAUGAGUUUUAACGAAGCCGUAAACAAGGCAGCCGGUUCAAUCCGGCGCUUUCCUCUGGUUGAGGUGCGAGGCGUCCCACUCAGGAAUUGGAUAGCUCAAAACUGGAGCUCCAUUUGGGCUUUCCGUCCAGAUCCAUCUGAUUUGCUCAUCUCCACCUACCCCAAAGCAGGUACCACAUGGACCCAAGAAAUAGUGGAUCUGCUGCUGCAUAAUGGAGAUGCUGAGAUUUGUAAGAGAGCUCCGACUGCCGCACGCUUCCCAUUUCUGGAGAUCCAGUAUCCUCCUCCAGUUCCAUCAGGACUGGACCUACUAAAAACAUUGAAACCUCCCAGAGUCAUAAAGACGCACUUACCCAUACAGCUGGUGCCUGAAGGAUUCUGGGAAAAUAAAUGCAAGGUUAUUUAUGUGGCUCGAAAUGCUAAAGACAACCUGAUCAGCUACUACCAUUUUGACCAAAUGAAUCUGAUUCAUCCAGAACCAGGUUCAUGGGAAGAAUAUCUCCAGAAGUUCAUGGAGGGAAAAUUGGCCUGGGGAUCUUGGUACGACCAUGUGAAAGGUUACUGGAAAGAAAGAGAGAAGAGAAAUAUCCUUUACAUGUUCUUUGAGGACAUGAAAGAGAACCCUCGUCGAGAAAUAGUGAGGAUCAUGCGGUACCUGGACCUGUCGCUAUCUGAUGACAUCAUCGACAAGAUCGUGGAGUUGACGUCCUUUAAUGUCAUGAAGAACAACCCAAUGUCCAACUACUCGUCUGUCCCAAAGAUUAUAUUUGACCACUCCAUCUCUCCUUUCAUGAGAAAAGGGGAGGUUGGAGAUUGGACCAACUACUUCAAACCUGCUCAGUCCCAGAUGUUUGAUGAAGACUACGCCAGAAAAAUGGCUGACGUGAACAUUCCCUUUCGCACCAGGAUAUGAAAGACGUCGUUGACAUGAAUCUAAACUGGUGCUGUCAUGAACGGUUUACUAAACACAGAUAUGCAAAGAUCAUUUAUUACUCUAUGAAGGAUUUGUAAAAAGAAUAAUAAAACUUUGGAAAAGAUUCAGUUAUCUUUUAAAUUUGUACAGGGUUACAGCAUGAAGAAAUUAAUAAUGAGUCCGAUUUA